AUGGCAUCGCAUGACUUUGAUGGAAGCUUCUUGCAAUCAUUGUCAAUAGAUGAUACUAAUUAUGUUACGUCUCAAACCAGAUAUGAGGAAACUUACGAUAAUGAUGAUGAUGAUUACAUGGAAAUAGACAAUACGCUUGAUUUAGAUCCGCCACUAUCAAAUUAUAAUACACCACCUCCUGGACAUGGAAAUGUUGAUCGUUUGACCCCUACUACAAGAUUACAGGAAUAUAUUGCAACACCAUUUCAAUCAACCCCUAUAAGUAAAGAUGAAGGUGCAAAAUUAGGUGGUAUGAAAGAGUUUUUUAUGAAGAAAGAAAAUGAAAGCAACAACGUAGAUAAUGAUAGAGAAAUGACCGAGGAAGGGAAUUCUGAAUGUGAGGAUAAUAAUACCAAUGGCGAAGAAAACGGGAAGGAACAAGGAAUAGAUGAGGAAUAUUCUAGAAAUGACAGCAUAGUAUCUUCAUUUUCUCAUUCCAUAUUAUCACCCACAAACCUAGGUGCCAAAUUGGCGAUAAUGCCAAGACAGAAGUUGCUACUUCCUUCUAAUAUGGAUGGUAACGAAUCAAUUGAUUAUGAAAUCGAUACAAAUUCCAAUAAUGAAAGCUAUAGCACCAACUUUGACACCUUCAGCAAUUACAGAAGCACGCCAGAAUUAAAGCACAGAACUGGACAAAGGAACAUAAGCUCUUUUAGCGCAAGUGAUGCAAAUGCUUUUUUUGCCAAUAAGUCAAACAGGAACAACGAUAUUGAAGAAUAUACCUAUAAUCCAACAAAUGGAGGCUAUGAUUCGAAUGAUUCAAGAAGUAGUAUCAACAAUUCCAUGAACCAAUCUUACAUGUAUAGGAAAAAUAUGAAUAAGUUUCCAGCUAAUAACCUAUUUAGUCCAGUCAGCAGCUCGUGGGCGACUCCGGUACAGGUCCACCAUCAUCAUUACUAUAGUACCCCUAUUAAUCAAUCGGGAACUCAUUUAGCUAGUCCAAGUCAGCUCGAAAUACAGAACCAAAUACAACAGCAACGAGCAGGACAAUUACAACAUCAAGAUUCAGGCAGGAUACAAGUCAUGGAUCCCAACCAAGCUCACAAUAACUAUGCUCAUAAUAGAGAUAUUUCUCUACCUUUACCGUGGGAAGAAAAUUCUAGUCCGCUAGAGAAAACUUCAUACAUACUAUCUUCGUAUUUACAGCUACUCAUAAAUUUUGUUGCUACAUGCUACGCAGCCUAUUUAGUUUAUUCUAUCGUUCAAACUGUUAGGCAAGAUAUAAAGCAUAAACUUUCUCAACAAAUUUCAAAUGUUCUAGUGGAGAUCGAAUCAUGCAAACGGUCAUACUAUGAUAAUAACUGUUCUCCGGAACUGAUUGUUCCAAUUCUAGAGAAACCUUGUGCCUACUGGUUGAAAUGUAUGAAUCAAGACCCAUAUAACGGAGGCGGAAAUAAGUCCCUGAUUAGUGCGGAAACAGUGGGGAUGAUUAUUAAUUCUUUGAUCGAACCGUUAAGUUUCAAAUUCUUUCUUGUGAUGUUUAGUUUUGUAUUGCUAAUAUUUGCUUGCAAUUUUACCUUUGGAUUCAUAAGAGCAAAGAGUUAUUAUGGGUGGAACAAAGAAAUAGAUAGAACACAGUCUCUAAUUGAGAAUUAG